AAAUCGGUGCAUCUGCUUCCGCUUUGCUGCUUUCUGAUCCUUGCUAAUGGAUUUGAUAGUCGCAAUAUACUGGAUAUUCUCACCGAAACCCGUUUAACCCGAGCUAGUCUGACUCUAAACAAUCUGGUAAUAUGCUCCUUUUUUGUCCAACCUGUGGGAACGUUUUAAUCGUAGAAGAAGGACAGAAAUGCUUGAGAUUCGCGUGUAACACUUGUCCCUAUGUGCACAACGUCACGAGGAAGGUAAACUACCGAAAAUAUCCGAAGCUGAAAGAGGUGGAUGAUGUGCUGGGUGGAGCUGCAGCCUGGGAGAACGUGGAUUCAACUGCAGAAACGUGUCCAAAAUGCGAGCAUCCUCGAGCCUACUUCAUGCAGAUCCAGACCAGAUCGGCUGAUGAACCAAUGACGACUUUCUACAAAUGCUGCAAUGCUCAGUGUGGACACAGAUGGAGGGAUUGAUUUGAUUUCAUUCAUGAUUUAUUCAUCUAAGCACAUGUAAAGGGGUUUUGACAAUUUAUAAUUUAUAAAUAAAAGUUGCUUCUCAGAAUCAAUCACCAGACAAAUGAUUUCUUUCAGAGCUUUUAUUGAUAAAAUAAUACCUGUGUACAACAGUCAAUUAAAUUGUCUUGAAUGUUUGUACCUUGUUGCAGACAUUGAGAGCAAUGCAUGCCACUGGUUCCCACGAGAUUAUUUUGUAUGCAAUCCUUGAACUCAAAAUGCAAUUUCUAGAGCGGCUCAAUCAUCCUUAAGGUAAGGAGGAAAAAAAAAAUGCAAAUCUAGGAGCCAGCCAAUGAGAAUUAUUUAUUUGAAUGCGUAGCUCAUGCGGACAGAUUCUGCACCUCCAAAGCGUCAGUGAAAAAUGAAAUCGGACAUGCUGUGAUGGAACAGUGCUUUUACACUGUUAGUGGUAUAUCCAAUAAAAAAACUAUUUUGAUUUUUUUAA